CUGUGUGUCCGUGGUUACGCUAACAUGAUUGGUUACUGGGAGAACGAAGAGGCAACCAAGGCCAGUAUUGACGCUACAAAGUGGUACCAUACAGGGGACAUGGCAACUAUGGAUGAAGAUGGGUACUGCCGCAUCAUUGGUCGGUUCAAGGAACUCAUCAUCAUGGGAGGCAGGAACAUCUACCCUGUGGAGAUAGAGAAGUACAUCUAUACACAUCCCAAAGUAGAAGAUGUUCAUGUGAUUGGUAUACCUGAUGAUAGACUAGGUGAGAAGGUGGUGGCUUGCAUCCGAGUAAAGGCAGGAGAGAAACUCACAGAAGAAGACAUCAAAGAGUACUGUCAGGGAGAAAUUUCUCACUAUAAGAUCCCAAAACACAUCAUCUUCAUGGAGGCGGAGGCCUUUCCUAUGACGGUCAGCGGCAAGGUACAGAAGUUCAAGCUUCAGGAAACCAUCAGUGAACAAUUGAAAUGAGAUAAUAUCAAUUUUAACACCAAAGGCCUCAAGAUUCCUUUCAUUCACUCAACUGCCCAGAUACUGCCACAAACAUCUCACUAUGAUAAGCUAUAGGAUUAUUCUAUAGCUAUUGUAAUGAUAUUUACUUGUUGUUAAUCUAGUAAACCCAUUAGCUAAGUACCUUGUUGUUCCUCAGGCAAGUGAAAUUCUGAAUUGUCAAAUUGGUCUUAAUUACUCUACUUGGGACUUUUGAUCUCAAUAUAUACAUGUAUAUUUUACAGAUACAUGUACAAAAUCUCUUCCUUUUUAUUGUGUCUUCUAUUCACUAUCAUCUUACAUUCUAAACUAACUUCUGCUUUUUGUUGUUGAAAACACAUCAAGGAAUCUUCCAUUUUAAAGACACUGUCAGAAGUGAAAAUUUGAAUAGGUGAAUAAUAUAUCAACAGAAAGCUUAUAAGCCAUAGAUUACAAUAAUAUCAAUUAUAUGUUAUUUUAUUGUCUGUUAGAGGAGUAACGCCUCUUUGAAAAUGGGAAGUUGUCGACAUAAAAGAAAGCUAAAAAUUUUAUAUCGAUUUGAUGACAUCAUCUCAAGUGUAGUA